UUAUUGAACUAGAUUUAAAAAUCUCAAUUUUACAUACCUACAAAUUAAUUUCUACUUUGAAAAUGGCAAAUUUGUAUUUUGCUAUAAGUUUUUUUAUAAUUCUUUGUGCAAAAAGUGCAAAUUUGGAAUUGAUCGAAUUGAAUGAAACUAACUGGAAAUUAAUACUAAAAGGUGAAUGGAUGGUUGAGUUUUAUGCACCAUGGUGUCCAGCUUGUAAAACUCUAUCACCAAUUUGGAAUCGUUUUGCAGAAAAUGCUGCCGAUGCUGGCUUAAAAGUUGCUCAUGUUGAUGUAACAAAGUCACCGUCUUUGAGUGGACGUUUUUUAGUGAAUGCACUACCAACAAUUUACCACGCUAAAGAAGGACAAUUUCGCCAAUAUCGUAACUCUAGAGAUGAUGAUGCUUUUAUGUCUUAUGUUAAACAAAAAGAAUGGCAAAAAUCUGAACCGAUAUCGUCAUGGAAAAAUCCAAAUAGUAUUCACAUGACAGUGCUGUCAUAUUUCUUUAAGCUGUCUCAUUUAUUAAAGGAUUUUAACAUAAGUUUGCAAGAAGAUUAUGGAUUUCCAACAUGGGCUUCAUAUUCUUUUGUUGCAAUUGCAACAAUAUUUGUUGGUGCUACUUUAGGAUUACUUUUAGUCCUUAUUGUUGACAUUUUGUACCCAAUACAAUUUCAAAAUUCAGUUUGCGAAGAAAAAUCGGGAAGUGAUGUGGAUGAUGAUGAAGGAGAAGAUGAUGAAUCUGAGACAGAAGUAAAAGCUAAUUCAUGUAGCGAACCUGAAGACAUUAAACUUGAUGAAGCAAAAUUGGAUUCCAAAUCAAAUAAGAAAACUCAAAAAAAAUCUUUAAAUACUCGCAAGAGAAAUAAAAAGUCUACUAAAAGCACUUAAGAAAACGCUUAAAUGGCUCAGUGUUCAUUCAUUAAGUUUAAAAAACAUACUGCUAAAUCGAACAAGAAAUAUUAAAUUAAAACAAUUUUGCUCCAAAUGUAAAACUAAACUCAA